AUGGGUAGUUCGUACUCCUUCCUGACUCCCUUUCCGCCCAACUACAUUGCAGUGACUUUUCGACCGUCGGAUGAGCUAUGGCUGUGUCAGGCACCUCAGCAUCUCUCCGAUUUCAUUCGAUGCCUCCUUGCUAACAUUUGGCCCCACCUCGACCACCAGGAGCGCCAAUGCAACGCCCCAGAGCGAAACCACGCAAAGGGCGAUGGAGACGCCCAUCCGGCUCUAAGGAAUACUGUUUUCCGGAUCCCUUCCUCACCCUUCACAGCCUCACCCAUCCACCAGCCUUCGGUUGAAGCAGAUCGCGCCUACCGGUUCAUCCUGAUCCUAGUCGCCUACCUCCAUUCUAUGCACUACGACAUGGUCUCAGCUGGACACUACGUUCGUGGCACGGAAGCUAGCACGUGCUUAUUUCGACGCAAAAAUAAUCAUCAUCAGAGUGCCAGCCUGAAUAGACUUAUGGGCAAUUCUCAAACCUACAGACCGAAAGCCUCGAUCCGCAAGAUUUCCAAGAAGUUGGACUUUGGUUUUGCCAGGAAUAUGAUGGCCGUGGGUCUGGAAGGCUGGAAUAAGUUCUACAUUGUCAACAUUUCUUUGGAAUUACUGACGGAAUUAGUUGAUGAACUGCAAACGGUAUGGCCAGGUCGAAUCGCUUACCGUCAGGUCAACGAUUUCUCUUCUCAGCGAGACAGCAACGACAAGAGGAUGCUGAACGUGGUGAACUCGCUUGACACGUGUAGCUCCUUUCUAGUGGAGCUUGAGGGACACCCCUGGGACUCGUACAAGGAGCACUCCGACCUAACGCCCUACCUGAUUCUCCGGCUCUUCAGCAAACUCGACCAGAGCGGCUACGAGUUCGUCAGCAGAGCAAACUUCCGUGGUCUGCUGGACACGCUGUUCUUCCGCAGACCCAAGUCCACACCCGCGUCGACGAACACCGUCGCACGCGCCUGCUUCUCCCUCUGCCACCAAGACACCUUCCGCGUCUACGGUGGCACCGCAGUAUUCUGCACGUGGGUGUCCCACCUGCUGCAGCAGCUGUGGCUCUCCGGCGUGGCCAAUGAGAAGCGGAUUUCGGUGGUGCACAAGGGGGGCUCAGCGGGGGAGGCGGGGGUGAAGGAGUUUAAGUACACGGAGGUCAAGCUCAGUGGUACGCCCUGGUGCAUCCCGGAGUGGAAUAAAGACAACUUCUUCGCCUCGCAGUACAUGCUAAGCCGGUUCGUGGGCGUUCUAUCUCUAAUUGGCUGGAAACUGGCGGCUUUCAUGAAUGUCUACACCAGCCCCUAUGACAAAGGAUUAUUGAUUUUUGAGAAGGAAUUGACACCUGGAGCCGAGGAGAAAUUGGUCGAUCUGGAAGUAAACGAGCUCCCAUUGGGUGGUGCCGACGAUGACUCAGCUCCUGCUCAACUCAUUGACUUCAUAAUGCCCAUCUGCUUCACCUCCCACGACAUCGAUCGCAUCUGCGUCCUUGGUGGCUCUAAAGAAUUCCUGCAGAGCUUGAAUAGUCAAUUUUUAAGUCUUUUUGACACCACCAGAUCCACCUACUUGUGUGUUUCAAGGAAAGAAUGCCUAGAAGCCGGGAAUUCUACAGACGAGGGUGGCACUAAAAGCGCCUCGACAUGGGAUCGAUGGAUCGCUUCACGUGCACCGUUUCACCCACACCUCAUCCACGAGGUCUAUCUCGAGGACAGCCAAGUUGCCUUAUGUCUUUUCUCUCCCACCAACGACCACCUAGCGCUGAAUGCGGUCUCUGAAAUUGAUCCCAACAACUACCUGGAAUACGUCACCAACUAUCGAAUGUGGAGCAUCUCGAGCUGUUGGCCGCCGAAGAUGUUCAAGCGGACACACGCAAAGGCAACCAAGUUCUUCCAUCGCAGUCAACUCCCAUUGGCAGUGCUCUGCUGGGUCAAUGAGAUAAUCAAUUCCUCUCAGCCAAUCAAAGUCGACGACGAUGCGCCGCAACAGGAAGGUGUUAGUGAUCAAGACGAGAUUAUGGCGAUCGCUUCCGUCGAUAGACAAGCUCACGCGGAGAGACCCUAUGCCAACUGUCUGGUCGCGUGUCUAGAUUGCGCCUCAACAGUACGAAAUGCACCACCUGCUUGGAUCUAUCUGGUUACCGAGAGGAGGAGAGUUGGGGCCUUGGCAAACAAACAAGGCUGCUCCACCUCACAGUAG